CCCUUCACUCAGGAACCCGGAGCACGUAGCAACAACCGAGCCAACGUGCUUCCACUGCGAUCCGUCCUUCCGACUGCGGUGCCUGGCAACAGAAAGAAAAAAAAGGAAAAAAAAAAAGACGUGAUGACGUCCUCUCCAGAUUGCGUAUUAUGGGAUGUGAGGAAUUAAAACAACCUCGAAGAAGAAGGACGCGGGGACGGCUCAAAUAAUAAAAGAGACGGAAAUAAACGAGGUGCGUGGUGAACCAUGGAGCUGUCGGCUGUCGGUGAGAGCGUCUUCGCGGCCGAGUCCAUCAUUAAACGGAGAAUCCGACGGGGGCGCUGGGAAUAUCUCGUGAAAUGGAAGGGCUGGUCUCAGAAGUACAGCACGUGGGAGCCGGAGGAAAACAUUCUGGAUGCACGACUCUUCGCUGCCUUCGAGGAGAGGGAGCGAGAAAGGGAGCUUUUCGGGCCAAAGAAGAGGGGUCCCAAGCCUGAGACAUUUCUCUUGAAGGCCAGGGCCAAAGAAAAAGCGUAUGAUUCCAGACGAGAGGCUCCGAGAAGGAUCCAGGUUUCCUAUCCCAUCCCGGAGCCGGUCAUAACACCGAGGGCCCGGGAGGGUUUACGCGCGGUAGUCCCUACAAUCUUCCCACCGAGCUCGGUCAACAGAGGGGAAAGUGUCCUCGUCCAUCCACCGCAGCUAGAGAGAAGGCCCAGGUCUACUCCUCCAGCGCCUCUGACGCUCCAAGGAGACGCGCGGUUCCCCAAAAAGAGAGGGCGCAAACCGAAGCUGCAUUUGCAUUACGACGAAGACGACAUGGGCGGCCCCGCAGAGCCGGAAACGAAACGUGAGCGGCCUUCGGAGGAGCAGGGGUCACGCAUGGGUGGGUCGAGCAUGUCCCGACGCUUGCUCCAUCACGGAGAGACGUCGGAUCACAGCCUCGUCCAGCUGACCAGGAGGUUUCAGGAGAAGACCACGAUAACGCCCAAACACAGCAGCGCGCGGAGCCACGCGGGUCCGUUUUACGGCUGCGCGUUCGGUCCAGACGUGCGAGAAAGGGAUCACGAGGCGGCGCACAGGACUAAUUGUUUGUCCGGGUGGUCUGUCCCUCGGUCCGGCAGCUCCGCAGAACACCACCAGAGACACCAGCUGAAGGAUCUCUGUCUUCCCCGGGAGCAACCCGCUGUCAUCUCCACGCAGGAGUCCACGGGCCCGGCCUCGACCUGGACCCCCGGUUUCACCAGUCUGGACACAGUGACCGUGACAGAUGUCACCAUGAACUUCUUGACAGUCACCGUCAGAGAGAGCAGCACCGAGAAAGGCUUUUUCCGAGAGAAGAGAUGAGUAGACCCCUGUGCUUUGGAUGUAGGUCGGAGGAAGAUAAUAUAUGCGUAAAUAUUUGUUUAACAAGCUACUAACUAAAACGCCUACUGUAUUGCUAUAUUUGGUCCUAUGUAACUGUCAAAUACAAAGUAUUUAACACGCCGCUGGGAAAAUAAAAAAUGAAAGUCA